UACUCAAAAUAUCACUACACACUUUCUUACCAGUUUUCUCACACUAAAUAAAUUGCUUAGAUACUCUAAAAGUGUGUAGAUAUGGAAGCAAAACAGCAAAAACUGACCUUGGAGAUCACAGUUAUGUCGGGAGAAAACAUAAGUGUGGAUCGAAAUUCAGCUGCGGAGAUGUAUGUUGUUGUUCGUGCAGAGUCAUUGAAAUGUUGGAGGACGAAAAUGAAGAAUGGAGAUGAUGGAGUGCAUGCAUGGAAUGAGAAAUUGUUAUUGGAGGUUCCUUCGUAUGCAAGGUCUGUGACGUUUGAGGUCCAAUGCGAGAAAUACAAAGGAUUUCGUCCUGUUGGGGUAGCAAGGAUUGCUCUUUCGGGUUUACUUGUUGCAAAAAAUGACAAUAUUGUUUUAUCCGAAAGUGUGUCUGAGAUGUUUUGUUAUGGUUUGAGAAGCUGGGACGGUCGACGUAACGGGGUUCUUCAUUUCUCAGUAAAGAUAGUUGAUAAUUUAUCUGCAGAAACAAAGCAAGAGAAAGACGUAAAGAUGGCGAAUUGCAGAGGAAUUGAGAAUGAAGUUAAGAAAUCAAGUGAUGCUGCCAUUCCUGUUAAUUGGUGUACUAACCAAAUUGUUGUUUGAAAGUUAUGUUCUUUCCUCCACAAGCUAUUGUCAA